AUGUCUCAAAUUGAGGUAGAUGACAUGGUGGAAACUCAAACUCUAGGUUAUAAUAAAGAUACAAGAUACGCAGUCUCCUAUAUGCUACCAGAUGCAGAUAGUGCAGAUGGUUUAAGGUAUUUGGCUUCGGACAACGAUGUACUGAACAUGUUUGCAUGUUAUGAGGGGAAUGAUAUUAUUAGGUUGUAUGUAGUCACUGAGCAGAUUAAUGAAGGUAGUAGAGGUAUAUCUACUGUUAUAGAUAAAUUUGAUACUCCUACCUUUGAUUAUGAAUUCAAUACUGAGUAUGGUUCCACUUUUUGUGAUGUUUUGCCUGAUACAGUGGUAAGAUAUGUUGACUUAUUUGAUUAUUUAUCAGAUUUGGACUUGUUGUACUUUUAUGAUGGUGUGCCUGAUGGGGUACAUUCUUCUGGUAUUGAAAAUAGAAGUAGGGUUGACAAGGGAAAGUCAAAAAUUGGAGAGGAAUGUUCUGGUGUUGGGAGGGGGAAUAGUUUUGAUAAAGGCAAGGCCAAAUUAAAUGAUUGCUUGUCUGAUGAGGACAAUGAUCAUUUAUAUAGUCCCCUUAACUCAGACGACGAUGUAAUACACCUACCAUACUUAGGAUGGCAUUUAGAUGACAUGCUAUUAUGGAUGGGUUUGACUUCAAAUACCUUAGGAAUGAUGGCGAUAGGGUCACAGCAGUGUGUUCACAGUCUUGUGGUUGGCGUAUGCAUGCAUCACUCAUGCAAGAUAAGUUAA